AUGGAGCCGGGCAGCCUACUGGAUCCUGAGGCACUCCAGCCGCGACGCGAGCGCUUUGGGGAGAAGCUGAAGUUCUUGCCAAUCGUCUAUGUGGUGGCCGCCAAGCUGAUGUUGGCCUCGAUUUAUUUGAGCCAGCACAUUUUCAAGCUUAUCUCACGGCAGGAGCCCUGGGAUGCUGCAGCACAGUUGCGAGGUUGGACCCAACUCAGCAUCUUUGUGCCCGCGACGGUGUUGCUGCUGAUUUGCUAUGUGCGCUGUAUUCUGGUGCACCCUGGGGAGAUCCCAGACGAUCCCAAGUGGGAGUAUUUGCCCCGAGACCGCGGCGUGACAAUGGCACCUUUGAGCCAGGAGGUGAAGCGCACCGGGGAGCGCAGGCAUUGCAAGUGGUGCGGCAAGUUCAAGCCGGAUAGAUGUCACCACUGCAGAGUUUGCCGCACUUGCAUCCUCAAGAUGGAUCACCACUGCCCAUGGAUUUACAAUUGCGUUGGGCACUACAACUACAAGUUCUUCAUCCUGUUGCUUUUCUACUCAGCCAUUGAUUGCCACCUCAUUCUUUGGACCAUGAUGGAGUCGCUGAUCCGCUGCAUCAGUCUGCCUCAGACUCCGUUCGAAGAAAUGUUCCUCAUCUUCUUCGGCGAGAUUCUUGCGUUCGUGAUGGCUGCGCUGGUAUCCGUCUUCCUGGGAAUGCACCUCUGGCUGAUGGCCAGAGGCCUCACCACCAUCGAGUUCUGCGAGAAGUCUUUGCCCAAGGAUGGCAACAGGAACUUCAACUCAGUGUAUGACCUUGGGAUCUUGGGGAACCUCAGGGCCGUGUUUGGCGCUAAUGUGGUUUUCUGGUUCCUGCCGCUGGGCUUGCCAGAGGGCGAUGGCCUCACCUUCAUCAGCGACGAGACCUGCUUGACAAAGGACAUGGAUGGCACCAACGGCAUUCGCCGUCAGAUCCUCGGCGCCUUGCCACCUUCGCAGUGA